AUGUUUUGCUUUAUUUUGUAUGCAGAUGAAGAACAUGAAAAAUUUUGUGAUUUUGAAGAUGAAAAUAUAUGUGGUUGCCAACAUGAUAAACUAGCAAACUUUGAAUGGAAAUGGAAUUCUGGUACCACACCUACUCGACGUACAGGUCCGAAAUAUGACCAUACCUUGGGUAAAGAUGGAAACGGGCAUUAUAUGUUUAUGGAAUCAUCUUCUCCUGUAAAAAUGAACGACACAGCAAGACUACUAUCUCCAUAUUUUCCUGCUACAACAGGCGGUCUGUGUUUUGAGAUCUGGUAUCACAUGUGGGGAGAAGUAGGACACAACCAAGUUGGAAGCUUAAAAAUAUAUAUUGAAGAACUGGGACAAUCGGAUACGUUAUCACAAAAUGCAGAGUUCAACGUUUCUGGUAAUCAAGGGGACGAAUGGAUCAAAGGACAAUUUCCAGUCGGAGAACGAAAAACGUAUUUUAGGAUUAUGUAGACAGUACUCGUGGUAAUGAAGAAACAAUUGCAAUCAAUACAACCGCAUCUGUUGUACAACAAACCCAUACUCAACAAGUACUUAUGAUUGGUAAAGGAGUAGGAAUAGUAAUUGUGUUGAUGAUAAUGACUAGCGCAAUUUAUGUUCUUUAUAAAAAGAAAUGUAUAGGACAGAGGGGAACCGAAAGCAUAAACUUACUUGCUCGGAAUGUAUAAUGGUAAAGACAGCGACGCUGGCUAUCAUUUGAAUAAUAAAAGCUUAA